AUGCAGCUCUUCGAUGUCAUUCUUAACAACACGGGAUCAUCUACCUGGCUGACUUCAACCGACGAACUCCAAAUCUUCAUCGAAUCAGCCAACCUCACAACCGUGCAGCCAGCCGUUAUCAAACGUCUGCAACCGGGUGGUUCUGCCACUGUCCAAGUCGGCGUCCAGAGUGCUCCUGGUGUUACUGAAAACACGCAAGGACCAGCUACAGCAGCUGCUCGUUGGAGGAAGGGACAGCAUACAACAUCACUAGAGUUUAAUGCUACGUACGGCUUGCCGACUUACGAAGCGAGCCCGGUCUCAGUAAACUUGCAUGAAGCGCCGGAUUGGUUCCGGGGGGCGAAGUAUGGUAUUUUUAUUCACUGGGGGAUUUACUCUGUGCCUGCUUAUGGGAGUACGGGUGUGAAUGAGAGUUACGCGGAAUGGUAUUGGAACCAUCAAAUGAACCCAAACGACAAAACAAAGACAUAUCAGUAUCAUCUUGAAAAAUACGGAGCAGAUUUUCUCUACGACGACUUUAUCGCAAACUUUACCGUCGAGAAAUGGGAUCCGAAAGGAUGGGUUGAUCUUAUCAACGAUGCUGGAGCAAAAUAUUUCGUUCCUACAAGUAAACAUCACGAAGGAUUCGCCUUGUUCGAUAUGCCGUCGAAUGUAUCGGAGCGGAAUUCAGUUAAACAGGUUCCGCAUCGUGAUUUGAUCAGGGAACUAUUCGACGCAGCGAAACAAUMCCAGCCACACCUCCAUCGAGGUACUUAUUACAGCUUACCGGAAUGGUACAAUCCGGCAUAUUCCAAGUACGACACUGGGACAUUCGGAGUGGGACCACCCCGAAACCCGAUUACCAACAAGACCGUCCCUUACACCGGCUUCGUCGAAGUCGAUGACUACUUAACGGGAAUCCAACUCCCGCAGAUGAAUAUCCUAGCUUACAAUUACGAUACCGAGAUUAUGUGGUGCGACAUCGGCGGUCCAUCUCUUUCAGAUGAAUUCGCAGCGAAUUGGCUCAAUUAUGCGUUUCAACACAACAAACCGGUCACAUUCAAUAACCGCUGUGGUAAGGUAAACGGCGUCCAGAUUAAGGGUGACUACAAAACACCUGAGUACGCAAGUACAAAUACGCUCUCGCCGCAACAUUGGGAAGCAUGUCGGGGCAUGGAUCCGUUUUCCUUUGGAUAUAAUGCCUUCACGCCAGAUGACGAAUACAUGAAUGCAAGCACUAUCGUCACCACGCUGGUCGAUAUAGUAUCUAAAAAUGGCAAUUUCUUGCUCGAUAUCGGACCUAGAUCCGACGGGACGAUUGCUGAUAUUAUGCAAACAAAUCUCCGAGAAGCUGGUCUGUGGAUUAAGGCUCACGCUGAGAGUUUGUUUGACACAAAGUAUUGGCCGAUGGGAGCUGGGAGUGGUAAUUUGCGAUAUACGACAACGGAUGAUGCUUUUUAUAUUCAUUUGUUGAAAAAGCCCGAUGGAACAGUCAGAAUUACGGAUCCGGUGCCGUAUUUGGAGGGUGAUAAGGUGACUGUGGUUGGGGGAGAGAAGAAUGGGAGUGUUAUGGGCUCGAGGUUGGAUGGCGGGAGUCUUGUGUUGGAUGUGACCGAUGAGAUUGCUUCGGCUGAUGAGUAUGUCUGGACGUUUAAAAUUACGUAUUAA